UUUGGGUGUCUAAUGCUUAAUGGGUACUAUGAUUUCCUUAACCGUGGAUAUUAUAGCAGUGUGAAUGCAAACGUUGGAUUACCUACUGGUGGUAUUUUCCUCUAAGCAAACACCUGGUAUCACGCUAGAAAAAGAGACUACCAUCCUUAUUAUUACUAAAAACAAUUAUGCCUAAUAGACGACCAAUAUGAUCUAACUUACUCCUAAUCAACAGUGCCAUAAUAUAAUAAGUUCCUGAUUAUGUGACGACCUAAGACCUUGUAACAAUGUUCCUGAUAUCCGACUAUCAGUUUGAAAUAACUAGCACUCUCAUAAUCAUGUUUAUUAUAAUCAUGUACACUUCUAGUCAUGCUUUCCGUUAUUACACUAAAUAUGCCAUAUUUACAGUAUUGUCAUAUAUUUCUGCCACCGUAUUCAUACCUCUCAUGCUAUGGAGACCUAAGGACUACCGAAAUGGAUUGUUACCAGCUUGGGGAGGACGUCAAAUUUCAAAAAUUUUAGGUCUCACGUGGGAAUUUAGGGGAAAAGAAAAUAUCGUCAACGAUUCUGGUUGUGUGGUUUUGAUUAAUCACCAAAGCUGUUUGGAUUUAUUGGUAUUAUCAGAAAUAUGGCCGGUUAUGGACCGGUGUACAGUAAUUUCUAAAAAAGAAAUUUUUUAUUUUUGGCCAUUUGGGUUAGCGUCAUGGUUAUGGGGUACAAUAUUCAUUGAUCGACUGAAUGUUGAAAGUGCACAGAAUACAAUUAACAAAACUGGAGAAACUAUUCGCCAAAGAAAGGCAAAACUUUGCAUGUUUCCUGAAGGUACAAGACAUGGUGGUGAUGAACUUUUACCAUUUAAAAAAGGAGCAUUCCACGUGGCUAUUUCAUGCCAAUGUCCAAUACAACCGAUGGUUGUAUCACAAUAUACAUUUUUAGACCACAAAAAUCGUACAUUCGAUUCAGGUCAUAAUAUAAUUACAAUAUUGCCUCCUAUAUCCACAGAAGGAAUGACCAAAGAAAAUUUGACCGAGUUAAUAGAAAAAGCUAGGUCUGCAAUGACUGAUGUUUAUAAAAAAACUUCAGAAGAACUAAAAACAAAAUAUUAUAAUGUUAGCUAAAACCAUAAAUAUGCCUUUUGAGAGUGUUGACUUAAUAGUUAUGUAGCAUAUAAGUAUGGUAAUUUAACUAAAGUAACUAUCAGCAUUAGCUUAUAGUUAUCACUUAUCUGGUACAAAUGUGCUUACAGUAUUUUUGACAGAAUAUGUUUUGUUCCAUUUUAUAAUUUAUAAUGAUUGUAGAUGAUAGAUUUAAAAUACGAAUCUUUAAAAAAACUAAAGUAGAUUAAGUUAAUAUUACUGUUCUGAUAAUUUCAAAUAAAAAAAAUUAUGUUUUUUAAUGGUUUUUGUUGGUUUAAAAAUUCAAAACAUCUACACAGUUGUUUAAUUCAAAUUACGUACUCAAUUCUUAAUAUUUAUGGGUAUACAAAAACUGAAAGUCAAACGUUGCACAACACUUCAUUGGUUUCAUAACCAUAUAUUUGGAUUAAUCAAAGUGUUCUAAUAAAGGAUUGUAGAACCAUUAAAGUUUUAUGCAAUCUAUCAAAUUUGAGUUAAAUAUUUACUAUUUAUUUUUAAUUUUAAGUUGUAUAGCUGUAUUUGAACUCUAAAUAUAAAAUAUUGGCUGCUAUCUAAUAUGAUAGUUACAAGCACCCAUAUCUUUGUUUGUAUAUUAGCGCUUUAAAAUAAAUAGUAACAUUUAUUAUAGACAUAGUCGUUACCAUAAAAAUAUUUGAUUCUUUUAUUUACUAGUCUCAUAUGUUAUGUUGUAAACUACUUUUAACAAGGCCUCUUGUACAUCAUAACUUUGAU